AAACGUAAAUGUCCUAAACAGUUUACUGGAGUCGUUAAAACCAGUAUUAUCAUGUCUGGGUUGUUAUCAACUGUAGUGAACAGUGCCGGCAAUGCUCUUCUACCGUUCACUUAUUCAGCUAUAUCGGUGGCUUUUUCACUUUUAACAUCGAGACUAACUGAUAGGUUGCCGAUAUGGCCACAGACUUCAAAUGUUCAAGAUGGCGCUAGUUUCGACUUCAUCAUCGUGGGCGGCGGCACCGCGGGCUGCGUGCUGGCCAACCGGCUCACGGAGGUCAAGGGCUGGGACGUGCUGCUGAUCGAGGCUGGGGGGGACCCGCCGGUGUCUAGUGUGGUUCCGGCUUUGCUGAUGUUUCCCGAUAAAGGGGAAAUUGAUUGGGAAUUCAAUUUAGAACCGAACGAAUACAGCAAUGCACAGCAAACCAAUCGAAUCAUAGAAAACUCUGGAAAAAUGCUCGGUGGAAGUUCAGGUUCAUCUUUUUUGGGUCACUACAGAGGUAAACGAUACGUGUGCGAUGACUGGAAUGUACCAGGAUGGGAUUACGAAACAUGUCUAAAAUAUUUCAUUAAAUCUGAAACUUUAGACAUACCCGACAUUUUGAACAGUGAAGACAGACAAUACCAUGGUACAAAUGGACCGCUCACAGUCACCGCUCACAUAUCAGACGAGAACAAUGAUUUUCAGACAGCAGAAAACAGGCUUUUACAAGCAGCUAAGGAAACGGGCGAUGAAAUUCUAAGCGACGUUAACAACCCUAACAGGAUUGGUACUGGCCCUGGACAGUUUCCUAUAGGCAAUGGAACUCGCAUGAGCACCGCUCAAGCCUAUCUUAUGCCUAUAAAGAAUAGGAAAAAUUUCUACCUUCUAAAAUAUACUCUAGCCACAAAGUUAGUUUUUGAUGAUAACAAUCGGGUUAUAGGAGUAGAAGUUAUGAGGGAAUCUGGAAAAACUCAAACGUUUUACGCUAGAAAAGAAGUGAUAAGCUCAGCUGGUGCAUACAGAACACCUCAACUCCUGAUGCUUUCUGGAAUUGGCCCAAAAGAGCAGUUGGAAAAACACAAUAUCAAACCCAGAGCUAUACUGCCAGUGGGGGAAGAAGUAUAUAAUUUUCCUGUUGUGCCUGUAUUCUUAACUGGAGCAAAGGGCGUUGGGCGAUCACUUGAAGCUGUUAUAUCAUUACUAAAUUUAGGAAACUUUCCGAUACCGGUUGUAUUGGGCGAAUUUAGUUUAACGGGCGGACAAAAAGCUGAUAUUGAACAAAUACCAGUCAUAUUUGGUGCUGCGUCACCUUUUCUCUACAUAGGUUGUACUAACAAUUUUAAAUACAAUUUAGACCUCUGCAAUGAUCUCACACUUGCCAGUGCCAACAAUGAAAUCAUAACCAUAUUCACAAUAUUGAAAAACGUUAAAUCCUAUGGCAAUGUCACCUUAAGAAGCACAGAUCCGAAAGACAAUCCGAUAGUUCACACUGGAUUUUUCAAUGAUCUAGAAGACCUGGACAGAUUUACCAGAGGAGUUCAAAGGGUAGUGAGCCUGAAAAAUUCAACUCCUCUCAAGGCUGAAGAUUCUAAACCAGUUAAACUUUUACUUCCAGCGUGCGACAAGUAUGAGUUUGACACGUAUGACUAUUGGAAAUGUUACAUCGAGGAGAUGCUGAUAACGUAUUUUAUGCCAACGAGCACGUGUAGAAUGGGUGAAGGUGGGGUUGUGGACAACACACUGAAAGUACAUGGAGUUCCCGGACUAAGGAUAGUGGAUGCUAGCUCUUUAUUGAGGCUCAGUGGAGGCGAGACUCUGGCUUACAUUUUAAUGCAAGCUGAAUAUGCAGCGGAUUUGAUAAAAGCAGACCAUCAUCACCACCACCACAAAAAGCACACCACAUAAUAAAUAUUAUCAGCACAUAAGUUUAUUGUUGUUGUAACACUCUCGAGGAAAGAAAAAGUUCCAAUGACAGAAGCACCUAAUUACUUCUAAACGGAAAAGACGAGUUCAAGUACAUUUAAUAGCGCUCCAGAAUAUUACCAAAUAAAAAAGUUCAAUUUUAGUAAAAAAUUAUAAUAAAAUGGUUAAAAAAUUGUGUUAUUAAUUGGUGUCGGCAUUUUGAAAGUGGAACUUUUUUACUGGAAGGUCAUGAUGAUGGUCAGGACACCAAGGAGAUUUAGUUUAGGUAUCUAUUGAACUUUUACCUUCUUUUAGUAUUUAAGUAGGUAGGGUAACGUAACGUACCUUGGGACGCUUGUACCUCGGGACAUUGAUUG